GUGCACAGAUUGGAAAGAGACGUCUCAACAAGCCUGCCACGUAGCUGCUCUUCUCUCAUCAUCCUCCGUAGCCCAUCUACUGCAUCUAUUCCAUCUAUUCCCCGUCUUCGCCUUGAUCGCGUGAAAAAUAAAUUUAUCGAGCAGCGACCAGCACCACCCACUACCACUUCUCUUGCUAUCUCGCAGCAUGAAGGUCAAGGCCCUGUCCAGGUCCCAGGACAACUUCGCGCCCUCCACAAAGUCAUCCCAGACACCCAUGCCCAGAUCCCUCAAUCCAGCACUCCACCCGCAGGAACGCGCACGAGAAUACACCCGCGCCCUCAAUGCCGUCAAGCUCGAUCGCAUGUUUGCCGCGCCUCUGCUCGGUAGUUUGGGUGAUGGCCAUGUCGAUGGUGUGUAUGCCCUCUGCAAGGAUCCAAAGCGCGCCGGCGUGCUGGCGUCCAGCUCAGGCGAUGGCGUGGUCAAAGUCUGGGACCUCGUUGCUCGUAAGGAGCUGUCAAAGUCCUCCACCAACCAUGGUAAGCGGCACGAUGGCAUGGUAACGGGAGUCGCCUUCAAUGCGGCCGGUCACCUCCUCUCUUGCUCGCAGGACAAGUCAAUCGUCCUCAUGACACCGGACGGCGAAGAAAAGCGGCGAUUCCAGGGACAGUACGGCUUCACCGGCAUUUCAACGCAUGUCUCGGAAUCGACAUUCGCUACAUCCUCCACGGCAGUAGAGAUUUGGGAUACAGACAGAGAUGCACCGGUCACGGCACUGACAUUUGGUAGUGACUCGCAUCAAACCGUCGCCUUCAACCAAACCGAGGCUUCUGUGCUGGGGUCCUUGGGCUCUGAUCGCAGUGUCACACUCUAUGAUAUUCGCACUGCUUCAGCACUAUCUAGACUGACCAUGGCACAACGUGGCAAUGCACUUGCUUGGAAUCCCAUGGAAGCCUUCAACUUUGCAGUGGCGAAUGAAGACCAUAAUAUUUACAUUUAUGAUAUGCGGAGAUUGGACAGAGCCCUCAAUGUGCUCAAGGACCAUGUCUCUGCCGUCAUGUCUGUUGACUUUUCACCCACAGGCCAAGAAGUCGUGUCUGGCUCGUAUGAUCGAACUGUACGACUAUGGAAUGCGAGGCAAGGUCGGUCAAGAGAUAUCUACCACACGAACCGCAUGCAGCGUGUAUUUUCCACAACAUUCAGUGCAGAUGCUCGGUAUGUGUUUAGUGGCAGUGAUGAUGGCGGUAUCCGGCUAUGGCGCGCUGAAGCCUCGUCGCGAUCCGGUGUCAUGAAUCAGCGUGAACGCUCACACAGGGAGUAUGAAAAGACACUUGUGGAACGAUACCAGCAUCUACCGGAGAUCAGACGUAUACAAAAGCAGAGGCAUAUUCCCAAGGCCGUCAAGAAGGCGUCUGAGAUUAAGCGUGUUGAGGAGGGUAGUCUCAAGCGUCGCGAGGAGAACAAGAGACGGCAUGAGGCAAAGACGGUGGGCAAGCGGAAGGACGAGCGUAGCAAGAACGUUGUUGCCCUGUCCAAGUAGCAUGAGCAUAGUGAGCAUGAGCAUGGCAGCGACUUUAGUAUCUUUACUGAAUAUUUGUGACUUGCUCUUCAAAUUUGACGAUGGACACUCACCAGGUCAAGCAACUGAAAUGACCUUCAUCAGCUUGUAUCUCUCCUGAUACUGCUCAUGUCGCUCAGGCCCGUCACGGCGUGCAUCGCCUCAUCUGCACGCUGCCAACUCCGCACAAAAGUCUCCGUCACAGC